AUGGUGACCUGGAAACUAAAUUACGAUUCUUUAGUGGACUGGGCCGACCUGGCUACAUUGGAUCUCUCCAAAUUUGACCAGCCUGGCGGCAAGAGUGUGCUGGCCAAGCAGCUAUUCGAAGCUAUCCAGAAAAUAGGAUUCUUUUACAUCGUCAACUUUGGUUUAUCACAAGAAGAUGUCGACCGUCAAUUCUCAAUUGGCAAGGAGCUUUUCAAGCUACCGCUAGAGGAGAAGCUCAAAUAUCGUGCUGAACUUGAGAAAGGUGGUUAUAAUGGCUACAAGCCUAUGGGUCUCCGAGAAAUCAGUCCAGGUGUCUUCGACAAAACCGAAAUCUACAACAUUCCAAAAUUCAUCCCUGCUUUUGAAAGACCCCAGCCCGACAUUGUGAACCACCACCGUCCAAUAAUCGAAGGUUUUGCCCGUCAUAUCCAUGAUGAGAUCGUGCGCAAACUUCUCGUUCUCCUGGCAAUUAUUCUUGAACUCCCCGAAGACUAUUUCCUCAAGGUACAUCGAUAUGAUGAGAAGAGUGAUUGCCAUCUCCGAUACAUGAAGUAUCACCGUCGCAGCGACGAAGAAAACGAGAAGUCGACCGGCAUUUGGUCAAAAGGCCACACCGAUUUCGGCAGUCUGACCUUAUUAUUCCGACAGCCAGUUGCUGCUCUGCAGGUUCGUACACCAGAGGGUGAUUGGAAAUGGGUAAAGCCAUACCCCGGUAGCAUCACAGUGAAUCUUGCGGAUUCGCUUCAAUUCCUCACGAAUGGGUUCCUCAAAAGCAGCAUACACCGCGUGGUUGCGCCACCACCGGAUCAGAGAGACGUGGAUCGUCUCGGUGUUCUAUACUUCGUUCGUCCGGAAGAUGACCUCGAGUUGCGACCGAUCGCAAGUGAUGUGCUGCAUCGGUUGGGAUAUGAUCAGACCACUGAUAAUAGCGCGGUGGGCAUCACUGCUGGGGAAUGGGUGAAGGCUCGUGUCGCCAAGGGUGUGGAUAAGGGAUUGGCGCGAAGCGAAGUAGGCGACCAGCCCAUCAUCGGCGGAGUGAUCGCAAAAUAUUAUGAUUAG